ACUCGCAGCACUUUCUUCCUGUUCCACUCCACAGUUAUCCAACACAAGCCGAUCGAUCAGCUGGCUAGCAUGGACAGGAAGGUGUGCAUCCCUCUCGUAAUCCUCGCGUUAGCUGUGCUCGCUGGCCCGGGCACCAAGGCGGCGGCGCUCGCCGGCGGCACUGCCACCAUCCACGCGGGGUCGGCGAUGCGACAGCUGAUGUCAGCGUCGCUGCCGUCGUCCAUGAAGCUGGAAGACGGCGUGGCGCCGGAGCUCGCGGUGAACCAGGAGGUGCACGUGCACCGCCGCGUCCUUGGUGAAAUCAGCGUGCAAGGCGUGCAGGAUGGCGCCCAGCCAGCUUGCGGCAAGACGGGUUGUCCAGCGAAGGGACAGCCGUACACCGGCCAUGGAUGCACAACCAUUAACCGAUGUCGCACAGGCACAAAGUGAAUGGACCUGCGCUAUGUAUGGACGUCAACACAACCACUUUUCCUGCCCGGCGUCCGUACGUCCAUGGGUGCACUCGCGGGCUCCAUCGAUCCAUGUUCUAUUUUUUACUUUCCUUCUGCAUUUCAGCACCGUUGUUGCUAUUGCUAUAUGGUACUCUCUCCGUUCCUUUAUACAUAUAUAUUUGUUUUUCUGAUGAAAUUUCACAAUGUAAGAUGCAUUUCUUCUACUUCGCCGUAAUUCUAUUUUUAGUCCUCCA